AUGUGUAAGUCUAUGACUGUCGAAGUUUUUGAGUUUGGCACUGCAAAUACACGAUUUCCUUUCCUCUCCCCUUCCAUUGCUCACUCCCUCUCGUAUUCACAUUUGCCUAUGCAAUUGUUUGAAGUGAUUCUAUUUUUCUUAACUUUUAGGUUUGUACAACCACCACCCUUAUUAUAA